GCGAUAGCGGCGGCGGUUGUUAUGGGGCGAGUUUGAACCGCAGCGCUUCACCAAGUCCCCCGCUGCGGGGACCCUCAGCUCCAGCUGGAAGUAAUUGCUGCCAGCUGCUUGGGAGUGUGAAAGAAGAAUGUAAGCUGUAUCUAGUACAUCAGAAAAUGUGAAUAUAUCCCCCACUUUGCUUCCAGCCUGUACCACUACAAAAAGCAUGUUCUCAAAAUUACUUCCACAACAGAGGCCAAUUUACAGGUGACUGUGGAUUUUUAGUAUCCUUAUAUUCUAUUCAAUGUGAUGGGACCAAGCAAACCAGCCACAUUCUAUGAUCCAUUUGCAUCCAGUAUCCAAGCAGAAAAGAAUGAAGCGAGGACUCUCCAGACACAGCUCCAGUUUAAUAGGAACGUUCCUGCAGCUCCAGAGAACUUAGCUGUCAGAUUCUCCAGCCCUCGUCCAAUUAUAAUAGAAAAGCUGAAGCCACCUGAUGGUCAGAGAGAUCUAGGUGGUGGUGAUGACACCAAUUUAAGAAGUUCUGUCACAUUUUCAGUCAUAUCUGAAGAGAAACUAAAAUUGGCCAUCCAGUUAGCCAAAAGGGAUGUAAAACGAAGACACCUGGAAGAACAAGUGAAAGAAGCUGAAAAUAAAUCAGUGUUCCCCCAGACAUCUGAGCAGUGUAAGAGUGAAGUAUCUGAAAAUCCUGCAGAGAGGAGUACAUCAAAGUCUCGGACAUGCUUGAAAUAUCAUCAGCAACUUGGUCAACCCUCCAAAAUGGAGAUUACCAACUCUGGUGCAAAAGUGUAUCUCUACACUCCAAAUCAGGGCAAGUUAAAGCCACCUGUUUCAGAUUCUCCGCCCACCCAUGAUCCAGGACCAGGGCCCAAGCCAAGACUGAAAAAAAUUGAAGAUAAAAGUACACAGGAAGUCAGACGACUGCAAAAAGAACUGAGAUGUUGCAUCCAGAAAAUUGAAGAACUGGCUAAAAAAGAGAGAUGUGAAGAAAUCUUGGAUCCUGAUGAAGAGCGACGAGUUCGCAUUAGGAGGCAGGAGCAAGCUGCGCGGUCUGCUCGGAUGCUGUAUGUCCUCCAGCAACAGGUAAAAGAAAUUCAGGAAGACUUGGAGAAGCUGAGUCCUCAUAAAAUCAAACACACGAAGAAGUCUCGAGCCAUGUCCAGAGUGGCAGCUGCCCACAGAGGAGCCAUUCGUGCCUUGCAGGUGUUUGCCACUCAAUUUACUGAUCAAUCAGAGCAGCAGGUUCCUGCCCAUUACAAGGAGUUGGGCAAUCUCAUUCGACAACUCUCUCUAUGUUCUGCCAAAUUAGAAAUGGAUUCUUCUGUUCCUGACAUCAUCAUAGACAUUCUGCUACAAAUUGAGGAUUUGGAUUCUCUGCUGGAGAAGAAACGAUCACCCAAAAAAGUGAAGAAAUGUCUCUCGGCAUCUCAGGGUAAAUCUCCAAUGAGCAGCGAGAUGUUUCCAGCCAGAGAGCAGAUUGCAUCUCCAAAAAAUGAGAAGAAACCACCCAUCUCAAAGGAGCGACUUGGACAAGAACAGAAAAAACCUUCAGUAGCUAGGAAACUCCUGACUGAUGAAGAUCAACAGGUUGCAAAUAUUCCAUUGGCACAGAAGCUAAGCAGUCAUGCUGAUUUAUCAGAUCAAGAAUUCCAGCAAGAGCACGACCCACACACCUCAGACAGAUAUGCAGUUUUAAAAACAAGUCAGGAUGCAUUGAUGAGAGCUGGAGCUGUGAAAAAAGCCCCUGUGCUUGAAAGUGGACCUUUGAAGAAGAAAGGUGUAUUAUUACCUGCCAAACAACAGGGAAUCCGUAAGCUUCCAAGAUCGAGACCUGUGCAGCCUCAGGCAAAGCAUGCCCGGUUUCAAGAGACCACUGUAGCUUUCAGGCUAAAAGAGAGCAAACCACUUGUUAAGGAGAGUAGAAUACCGUGGGUACCUCCAAAUCCUACAUCCCCACCUGCUUCACCUAAACGUGCUCCUUGGGGAUACAUGAAUGCUAGUCCCAAAGCUUCCAGCAGAGAACAGUCAGCUUUGCAGAAAGAGGGAACCGAAGAAGAAAGAUUAGGAGCCAUUGAAAAAGAAGCUCUCAGACUAGCUUGGCUUGAUGCAGAAACUUCAAGAAGAACGAAGGAACUAACGGAAUUUAGUAGAGAAGAAAUGGAGAAAAUACAAAAAUUGAGGUUAGAAGGUGCUUCUCCUACACAGCUGGCAGACAAGGUGGAGAAAGCAGUUCGGGAGCGUUUGGAACCUCUCUUGGAUAAAGCACAGAAAGUCAAUCUUUCUUUGGAAACAAACACUCGUUUGAAGGAUUCUUCGUUUAUAAACAAACUGUCAUCCCAGGCUGCUGAAAAAGCUGCAUCCAAUGCAGAUAUGCUGAGUGAGAAGUUAUUGGAUGAUCUUUUGGAAGAUACAGCUCAGGAACUCUGGAAUAUGGAGCAACACAAGAAGAUGCAAGCUGAGGCUGUAGCCAUGCAUGACAGUCCUAGUCUGGAAACAAUGCUGCAAAGAAUGGAAGAAAUCGAAAGAUACCAAGAUGCGGUUCGCAGGAGAUUUAAUCAGAUUGUCUAUGCUGAUUCGGAGUUCUGGGCACAGGAAGAGAAAAGGGAAAGAGAGAGUGCAUCAAUAGAGAAAAGGCCUGUGUCUCCUCAUCCAAUCCAAAUAACCAAAUUGAUAGGACACAAAGAGUCACAAGUGGAUAUUGUAUUUGAAAGACCUUUCGAUGGAAAUGCUAUUGAAGAAGAUGGGGAGGUGGAAGAGAAAUUGGAGACUGGAAAUGACAUUUGGCAGCCCUUGACUCGCAAUAUAUCUCAGCAGAAGGAGCGCUGCGUUUUUCUCUCUGUUCCAAAGCGCAUGCUCCAGAACAUCCUUGAUUAUAACAAUAGAUAUGAGCAGCACCUGAAACUUAUUUCUCAUGAGGCAGUAGGGCACUUCAAUCCAUGGCGCAUUGCUGAGAGCCUUGCAGAAGAACUGACAGAAGAAGCCUUAUGUGAUGUGGCAGCAGAGCUGCAGGAUGUAUGUGAGGAUUAUGCAGAAGCCGUGUUCACUUCUGAGUUCUUGCAGCCCACAGAGUAA